AUGUCCACGUACGACGCUCUCCAUCGACAAUGCCGAACUCUUGAGUCACUCUUCGACACAAAGCUCACUUCCUACUCUCGCUUAGCCUCCACAAUCACCCGCAACCAGGAAGAUAUCGAAGCCGGCGGCUCCUCCGAGCGCUGGAAGGACCUCGAGAUUGAGGUGGAAGAGUUGUUGCAGAAGCUAGGAGAGAUAAACGAUGAAAUGUCUGCACUGUCGAACGAUAUGGAUAACCCGCCGUCACAGUCCAUGCUGCGCGCUAUUCAGAGACAUAGAGAGGUAUACCAGGACUAUACGCGGGAGCUGCGGAGGACAAAGACGAACGUGCAAACUGCGCUAGACCAGACAAAUCUGCUGAGCGGUGUCCGGAAUGAUAUUGAUGCGUACAAGUCCUCAGCCGCAGAUUCGCUACUCGCAGAGCGAGGGCACAUAGACAACUCACACCAGAUGACCGACGAUAUCCUUGGGCAGGCCUACGAGACCCGUUCAGAGUUCGCUCGUCAGCGCUCGACGAUAGCGGGGAUCAACACGCGCAUGACAGGCGUCAUUACUACAUUGCCAGGAGUAAAUAACUUGCUCUCGAUGAUCAAAACGCGACGGCGGCGAGACUCGGUCAUUGUCGGCUGCUUGAUCGGACUCGGUGUCAUGUUACUGCUCAUGUACAUCUUCUAG